UCCACACCAACCCCCGAGUGUCCGGGGGAGACACCGGCUUCUUCAACGGUAAAGCUGCCAGUGACACAGCAGUGGCUAUCACGCGAAGUCAGCCACAACCCUGCGAAACUGACUCACGCUAAGUCAAUAAUUGCUUGGUUGAGAGCAGCUUCCAGAUGCAGAGAGCUAGAGCUCGGUUACAUGAGCUGGACCCUGGAAUGACUGAGCUGCUGCUUUGUGCAUAUAAAGACAGCUGAAGCGCCUGCUGUGCUUUCAUUUGUUGUUACUCACCCUCUCCUCCACCGCAAUACACUUGCCACCUCAACAAUCAAGAUGCUGGCCCUCAAGACUCUUCUUGGCCUGGCUACUGUCCAGGCUGUCUCUGCCCACUUCGGCCUCGUCUUCCCUCCUUGGCGAGCGGACACCCUCAGUGAGGAGGGCGAGGAGCGCUACAACCAGUGGGAGCAACCCUGUGCUCGUGUUGACUUCAAUAAGAAGAACCUCACUGACUGGCCCCUCGACGGUGGUGCUCUCACCCUUGAUCUUCACCACGAAUGGACCUACAUCUUCGUCAACCUUGGCCUCGGCGAGAACUCCACCAACUUCAACAUCUCCCUCACCCCAGAGUUCCUCAACGCCACAAACUCGGGCACUCUAUUCAUCGACAAGCUUGAGCUUCCCUCAGACGUCAAGCCCAAGGACGGAGACAUCGCUAGUAUUCAGGUUGUUACGGUUGGUGACACUGGCAAUGCCCUGUACAACUGUGCGGAUAUCCGCUUCAAGGAGAAUGCCAAAGGACCUAGCAACAAAACUGGCGAUGUGGACUAUGUCAAGAUCAAGCAGCAGAAGGGCAACGGAACUGAGGAAGAUAGCUCUUCCAACUCUACAUCUUCUGGAGACAGCAAGGACAACGCCGCUGGCACCAUGGGUGUGAACACGAUGGUUAUGACCUCUGUCGUGGGUCUUGCUGCCGCUUUUGUGAUGGGCUUGGGCCUAUAGAUGGAUGACCUUAUGAGACACGGGUAUUUCAAUGUGUAACCAGUAGUCACGAUAGAAAAUUCACGGCCUUUCAAACUUCUGACUGUUCAAAUGUGGAACAAAUAUGCCAUUGACAUGGCCAGCCUGCAAUUACAGGCU